AUGUGCAGACCAAUCCAUAUUGACGCGCUGGCUAGCUAUUGGCAUCGCCUAUGCGACCCAGCAUUGGACGAGAAUCUGCUCUGGUUACGGGUCGGAUCUACUUCCGAAAAGCUGCUCUACCUUGAAUCUGGCUGGGGUCAAGGCGAUAUCCUCGAACUACCGCUGCAUGUCGGGAUCAUUAUCCUCCAUCCAUUGAGAUUGGAGAUAUUGGCCUACCUUGACCGCCUGUUGUGCAAACCCGUAGAGACUUCUCUGCAGAAUUCACUGACCACAGCCAGUCCUGAAAGGAAGGCUCAUCUUAGUACAGUAAUCAAUCUAGGGCAGAAAAUGGCGGAUUUCAAUCUUGAGAAGAAAUAUCAGGAGCAAGAAGAGACAUUUUUUGACGAUGGAAGAGAAAUCGAGCUUCUGCAUUUCAUCUACAGUAAUCCCGACAUCGAAACCAUCAGGAACUCUCCAACCAAGGUCCUGGCUGCCAUUGACAACUUUGCACGGACGAAAAAGUACCUCAUGAAUGUCGGUGAGGACAAAGGACGGAUAGUAGCUGAUCUGAUUGCCGAGGUCAAACCUGAGGUCAUGGUCGAGUUGGGUGGCUACAUAGGUUAUUCUUGUGUCUUGUUUGGAGAUGCUGUCCGCAAGGCUGGAGGCAAGAGAUAUUUCAGCCUUGAGCGAAACCCGGAGUUUGCUGCUGUUAUCGCUUCUUUGGUUGAUCUCGCUGGCCUGAGUGACAUUGUCAAAGUCAUCGUCGGGUCUAGUGAUGUUUCCAUAAAGAGAUUGCAUGCCUCUGGAGACCUCAAGCAUAUCGACUUGAUGUUCCUGGACCACUAUAAACCUGCUUACACGACAGACUUGAAGCUCUGCGAGGAACUGGGCUUGAUCACUCCCAGCACUGUCCUUGCCGCUGACAAUGUCAUUGCGCCUGGAAAUCCUCCCUACCUUGAAUACGUCAGAAGCAGCGUCGAACAGAAAAAGCGUGCGACCAAAUUUGGUGGUACGGUUAAUGGAGUUGACAGCAGAUUCGCGGAUAAAACCGCCAACCAAUAUCUGAAGCGCGAAGGAAAAGCCCAACUCGAUGAGACUAGGGUUGGCAACCCCCUGCUCAUCUAUGAAAGCAAGCUCGUCAACAGCUUCGAACCAUCUGGUGUUCCUGAUGGCAUUGAAAUCACGAGGUGUGUGGGAGUGGAAACGUCUUGAGACGAGGAACAUCUGUUUCACCGGCAUAUGCUCUCUCACACCAAGGAACCUGGGGAAGUUGAGG